GAAUUUAGAGCAGUCGCAGCUGAUCACACUCUGCUGUCUCUCUCCCCCUCUCCCUCUACAGUACUAGUGAAGUGCCUUUUUCUGGCCUUCUUAUUCACUGCCCCCCACCUCAUCCUUUCCAUAUCCAACACAACCUGACAAUCCAAUUCUCGCUCACCUCUCUCUCUCGCUCUCUCUCUAUAGCCCUCUCUUUCAGUAGUCUCUAGCUCUUAGUACCAGUAAUAUUGUAUACAUCAAGGUUCGACGAAUGAAAUUAAUGAUCAAGUGUUACUGAAGAGAUCAAGGGUGCUGUCGGUGGCUAAUACAUACCUAAAACAACUGUGUUUGUGAUCUUGCUGGUAUUUGGUUUUGAGUUUAAUGGGUCUUAAUUCACUCCAAGUUUGCAUGGAUUCAAGUGAUUGGUUGCAGGGCACGAUUAACGAGGAGUCUGGAAUGGAUUCUUCUUCACCGUCUGGGGAUAUGCUCACUUGUUCAAGGCCCUUGAUUGAGAGGAGGCUUAGGCCCCCACAUGACCAAGCUCUCAAGUGUCCCAGGUGUGACUCAGCACACACCAAAUUUUGCUACUACAACAACUACAGCCUCUCUCAGCCAAGGUACUUUUGCAAGACUUGCAGGAGGUACUGGACCAAAGGAGGCACCCUAAGGAACAUCCCCGUGGGUGGUGGAUGUAGAAAGAACAAGAAAGUGUCUAAGAAAUCAAAUGAUCAAUCAGUUAACCAAAUUAACACUGGAUCAUCUUCCUCCCAUAAUCCUACUGAUCUCCACCUUUCGUUUCCUGAGGUGCAACUUUCACACCUUCAUAACAUACUUGGCUCUCAAGAAACACUUGCAAACCCUAACUUCAUGGAGAGCAAGUAUAAUAUCGGUAUGCUAGAAAACCCUAGGCCUGUAGAUUUUAUGGAUAGUAAGUUAGAAGCUUUAGUGGGGAGCUCUAGGAAUUAUGAUUUCAUGGGGAAUGGUGACUUGGGUAUGGUUAGUGGGCUCGGAGAUAUGAGCCAUCAUCACGGGCUGGCACCAAAUUAUAGUGGUUUUUGCUCUCCAUUCGGGAUGUCCCUUGAUGGAAAUAGUGGCUCUUUCAUGGAAACUUGCCAGAGGUUAAUGCUUCCUUAUGACCAGGGAAAUGAUCAUGAUCAGAAUCCAAUUGAUGUGAAACCAAACACCAAGCUCUUGUCUCUUGACUGGCAGGACCAGGGUUGCUCUGAUGUUGGGAAGGACACAUUUGGAUACCUAAACAAUCUGGGAUCAUGGACAGGCAUGAUGAAUGGUUAUGGAUCAUCCACGACCAAUACUUUAGUGUAAUCUAGUCUAAAGAUCCUAUAUUGUGAUCACUGGUGGAGGGGCCAUCUGCAUAAUUCUAGAUCAUCCAGUAAUCUCUAAGCAAAUUGCCUUUGAUGGAAAAAGGGUUUUUUCGUGUUUUAUUCUAUGAAGGCGCGGUCUCCAAAUCUCUUAGACUUGACGAGCGACAAGAGUGUGAAUGUGAACAACGAGAGUCCAAAAAUGACUGCUUAGUAUCUUAAUAUUAAUUUGUUUUCAUGUUCUUAUCUUGUUUCUAUCUUUUCUUAAUCUGGUGUAUUCAGAUUCAAACAUGUAGGGUUUUGAUUUGUUGUUUAAUCGAGGGAGAUAUAGCAGUGCUUUUUUUUUUUUU